CAGCGCCUCGCGCCUCCGUCGGUACUGAAGGUUACCUCGUGCGUAUGCGUAAAGCUCUCGGAGACAAGACGGAUUCUCCGCUGAUUCCACCUCCCCUAUGCGCGCGAACGGACGGAGAUCAGGCAGCAUCUUUCCAGGAUUUUUCGAAAACAGAAGCAACACCGGAAUAAAUGUUUUAAAACAAUGUUUUCGUAAGCAGUUCACAGUCUGUAUGAUAGCUAAUUUGCUGACACUACGUAUGGCAUCUCUGCGCCCUUGCAGAGUCUAAUCAUUAUUGGAGAACUACAAGGAAAAUGUACCAAACAAACGGACGAAACCAAAGGCGCUAAAUGUGGACAUCUGUGGAUUUAAAAGACGGAUAUCUGUAUCAGAAAAAUUUGAAUUAAACUUAUGGCGUGAAGGGCCCUUCCUCGGCCUUCCUCACUCACAGCUCAUGGAUGUCCUUACCCAGUAUGCCUACAACGAGAGUUACUACGACAAUGACACAUGGGGCCUCAACGACACGGAGCGCGUGCAGAAGCACCCGUACAACUACUACGCCAUGCUCCUCACGCUGCUCAUCUUCGUCAUUGUCUUCGGCAACGUGCUGGUGUGCAUCGCCGUGUCCAGGGAGAAGGCUCUCCAGACCACCACCAACUACCUGAUCGUCAGCCUGGCCGUGGCUGACCUGCUGGUGGCCACGCUUGUCAUGCCCUGGGUGGUCUACCUGGAGGUGGUGGGCGAGUGGCGCUUCAGCAAGAUCCACUGUGACAUCUUUGUCACACUGGACGUCAUGAUGUGUACGGCCAGCAUCCUCAACCUCUGUGCCAUCAGCAUCGACCGGUACACAGCGGUGGCCAUGCCAAUGCUGUACAACACGCGCUACAGCUCCAGACGCCGUGUCACCGUCAUGAUCUCUGUGGUGUGGGUGCUGUCCUUUGCCAUCUCCUGUCCCCUGCUGUUCGGCCUCAACAACACUGCAACGCGUGACGAGGCACAGUGCGUGAUCGCCAACCCGGCCUUCGUGGUCUACUCCUCCAUCGUGUCCUUCUACGUCCCCUUCAUCAUCACCCUGCUGGUGUACGUGCAGAUCUACGUUGUGCUCCGCAAGCGGCGGAAACGCGUCAACACCAAGCCCAAGCGCUCCGGCCACCAGGGCCCCGAGCACGAGCUGGCCGCCACGCUGAAGCAAGAGAAGUGUACUCACCCAGAGGAUGUACGUCUGUGCACUGUGAUCGUCAAGUCUAAUGGCAGCUUUCCUGUCAGCAAGAAGAAAGUGAUAUUCAUCAAAGAGGUGGCCAACGAGGCGGAGGACAUGGAGUUGGAUGACCUGCAGACCUGCAGCAAGCCAGAGAAGCAGCAGAAGUGUCCAGACCCUCCCCAGGCUUCCAGCCACCAGCCCCCCCAGGCUUCCAGCCACCAGCCCCCCCAGGCCUCCUGCCACCAGCCCCCCCAGCCCCAGCCCUCACACCCCUCCCAGCAGCUGCUCCCCAGCAAGGCCCCCAACACCAGCCCCACCUCCACCCCACCCACCCCGCCCAAGGAGGCCCUGAAGACUCAGAAGAAUGGGGACACUGGGCCCAAGGAGAUCCAGGCGGAGCCUCCCAGGGUGACCAAGGCCUUCCAGACCCAGGCCCUGCCCAACGGCAAGACCCAGACCUCCGUCAAGACCAUGAGCAAGAGGAAGAUCUCCCAGCAGAAAGAGAAGAAAGCCACACAGAUGUUAGCUAUCGUCCUGGGCGUGUUCAUCAUAUGCUGGCUGCCCUUCUUCAUCACUCACAUCCUGAACACCCACUGCACCACCUGCAAGGUUCCGGCUGAGAUGUACAACGCCUUCACAUGGCUCGGCUAUGUGAACAGCGCAGUCAACCCCAUAAUUUACACCACCUUCAACGUGGAGUUCAGGAAGGCCUUCAUCAAGAUCCUGCACUGCUAGGAUGGUGUACGAGGAGGAAGCUACGAGGAAGAAGCAGUGACAUCACGUGCUGUGUACUUCCAUUGGCCGUAUUGGGACUGCUACCUGUGACCAAGCCUGCUAGGAGACCAGAGUGACUUAGCGGCGGCCAUUUUGGAAGACUAUAUCAGACAAUAUGAACUAACUUUGUGGACUAACUGUUCUCUUGAAUGAAUGUAAAUCAAAGGAAUAACGUCUGUAUCAAUGAACUUGUUUCUUGGAAAAAAUGUCAUAUUCUCUAGAGACCAUUGUGCUUGUCACUCAAGAGCCAUCCUUAAUGUAUAUAAUGCACACACACACGCAGGAACACGCACAGACACACACAACCACACACACAUGGCUGUGAUUAAAAAAUAAAAAGCAAAUCAACAUAAUAUUUAAUCUGUGUAUAGGUUGUGUUUUUGCUGAUGCCUGCAUUCUGCGGAUAACACCGAAGCAUCAACAAACCAGUGUUUGUCUCAGUAUUAAGCCCAAUAAUUGAACUAGAAGCUCCUCGCUUUUCAAAACUACCAUAAAUCAGAAUGUGUGCUGAAAAAAACAUAGAAUUUUCUAUUUCUCACUUUAUCAUCGGCAGAAGAGGAUGCCACUUAUGUGCAAUGUAAUUAAGAAUUCAAAUCAAAAAAUUAUUUUAAUUGAAUAAAUGUAUUAUUAUGAAUAUUAUUAUUCUCACUAUUAUUAUUGUUAUCGUUUGCUGUACAUGCUUUGUCGAGGACACAUUCAAUGUGAUUAUAUGGCUGCCGUGGAAACGUGAUGCAUGUUACAUCGCUCCUAACCUUGAUGUCUCAUCAAAUGUAUGUUUGACCAAAAAAAAAAAAACGAAAGAUGUUCAAUAAAACACAUUA